GACAUGUCUAUUUACAUUUAAAUUCUCAGUAAACUUAUAAAAAAUGGAUAAUUUCAUAAAGAAUAUCAAAAAGAAACUGUCUGUAGAUAAUCUUGUGGACAUAAUGAAAGAUUCCAAAGUAAUAGACGAAAGCACCAUCAAAGAAGAAGACGUAAGAAACACUCUUCAAAAACUAGAUCCUAACUCAGUCAUGGACGUUGAUGAGAUCCAUGCAAAACUUAACGAGCUCUCUGAAGAGGUCAGCAAAUCUAAAUCGAAGACGGAGACUUCUACCACUUCUACGAGCAAACGUAUUAUAGACGUGGCUAAAUCCAGCAUCGGAGCUUUGGGAACAACGGCAAAAAAAGAAGAAGAACCAGAGAAGAAUCCAAACGAAAACGAGUAUCUGAAAGCGUUAGGCAGAGAAGAAAACGUAUUCAAUUUGUACGACGACUUCCAUUAGCAAUUAAAGUUGCAUUUGGAUUGACAAUGGUUUAA